CUCGCCCCCUUGCGGCCUGCCUGUCGCUUUGCACAGGGCUGUAUGGUUGCAUCGGGGAAGGGUGACUCCAGGAUGUUAGGAACUGUGAAGAUGGAAGGGCAUGAGAGCAGCGACUGGAACAGCUACUACGCGGACACGCAGGAGGCCUAUUCCUCAGUCCCGGUCAGCAACAUGAACUCGGGCCUGGGCUCCAUGAAUUCCAUGAACACCUACAUGACUAUGAACACCAUGACCACAAGCGGCAACAUGACCCCAGCUUCGUUCAAUAUGUCCUACGCAAAUCCGGGCCUGGGCGCCGGCCUGAGCCCUGGCACGGUGGCUGGCAUGCCUGGGGGCUCCGCGGGCAUGAACAGCAUGACAGCCGCGGGAGUGACGGCCAUGGGGACGACGCUGAGCCCAGCGUUCAUGGGCGCCAUGGGCGCGCAGCCUGCGGCCUCCAUGAACGGCCUGGGCCCCUACGCCGCAGCCAUGAACCCCUGCAUGAGCCCCAUGGCCUACGCGCCGUCCAACCUGGGCCGCAGCCGGGCCGGGGGCAGUGGCGACGCCAAGACUUUCAAGCGCAGCUACCCUCAUGCCAAGCCGCCCUACUCCUACAUCUCGCUCAUCACCAUGGCCAUCCAGCAGGCCCCCAGCAAGAUGCUCACGCUGAGUGAGAUCUACCAGUGGAUCAUGGACCUCUUCCCCUAUUACCGGCAGAACCAGCAGCGCUGGCAGAACUCCAUCCGCCACUCGCUGUCCUUCAACGACUGCUUCGUCAAAGUGGCGCGCUCCCCCGACAAGCCGGGCAAGGGCUCCUACUGGACGCUGCACCCGGACUCCGGCAACAUGUUUGAAAACGGCUGUUACCUGCGCCGCCAGAAGCGCUUCAAGUGCGAGAAGCAGCCUGGGGCCGGGGGCGGGAGCGGGGGCAGUGGUGGCGCCAAGGGCGGGCCUGAGAGUCGGAAGGACCCCUCGGCCUCGGCCAACAGCAGCGGGGACUCACCCCUUCAUCGAGGGGUUCACGGUAAGGCCGGCCAGCUAGAGGGCGCACCGGCCCCGGGGCCCACUGCCAGCCCCCAGACUCUGGACCACAGCGGGGCGACGGCGACAGGGGGCGCCUCGGAGUUGAAGACUCCAGCCUCCUCAGCUGCGCCCCCGAUCAGCUCCGGGCCUGGGGCUCUGGUAUCUGUGCCCCCCUCCCACCCAGUGCAUGGUCUGGCACCCCACGAGUCCCAGCUCCACCUGAAAGGGGACCCCCACUACUCCUUCAACCACCCCUUCUCCAUCAACAACCUCAUGUCCUCGGAUCAGCAGCACAAGCUGGACUUCAAGGCAUAUGAGCAGGCGAUACAGUACUCACCCUACAGCGCCUCAUUGCCUGCCAGCCUGCCACUGGGCAGCGCGUCGGUGGCCACCAGGAGCCCCAUUGAGCCCUCAGCCCUGGAGCCGGCCUACUACCAAGGUGUGUAUUCCAGACCUGUCCUAAACACUUCCUAGCUGUCCUAGACUAGGGGUUUGUUUGUCGUGACCAUGCUGGUAGCAGGAGAGGGGGGAAACAGCAGCAAACAAAACCAUACAUACCAAGCUGACAACAGCAGAAUAAAAUACCAACUAUUUUUAUUUCUU